AAUCACUACCACCAUCCUCCACCAAUAAAACCAAUCCUCCUCACUGUGUCUCUUUCUUCACUUAGCCUUUUUUGCUCUUCUUUCUCUCUCCUCCAUUCUUCUCCAACAUUCUUUCACUUUUCUUCAGGAACUGCCUAGUAGAGGGUCAAGUUCAACCCACAAAAAAGUUCUUAUUUUUCUGAAAAAAGGGAUUAGUAAAAUAAAUUUACAUUGCAAAAAAAAAAAAACUGAAAUGGGAUUUCUUAGAAAUAAGUUUAUUGUAUCAUUACUGCUAAUUUUCUCUGUUUAUAAAGAGAUUAUUAUUGCUAAUUCUGAGAGUUAUAAUAAUCUGCCCAUAAUCUCAUUUGAUGAAGGAUAUUCCCAUCUGUUUGGAGAUGAUAAUCUGAUGGUUCUUAGAGAUGGAAAAUCUGUUCUUCUUUCACUUAAUGAAAGAACAGGUUCUGGAUUUAUGUCACAUGAACUCUACUUACAUGGGUUUUUCAGUGCUUCAAUUAAAUUGCCUGCUGAUUAUACUGCUGGGGUUGUGGUUGCCUUCUAUAUGUCUAAUGGUGAUAUGUAUGAGAAUAAUCACGAUGAGCUCGAUUUCGAGUUCUUAGGGAAUAUCCGAGGUAAGGAAUGGAGGAUUCAAACGAAUGUGUAUGGGAACGGUAGCACAAAUGUAGGGAGAGAAGAGAGGUACACCUUGUGGUUCGACCCUUCAGAGGAAUUUCAUCGCUAUAGCAUUCUCUGGGCAGAAGAUCAAAUCAUAUUUUAUGUGGAUGAUGUCCCCAUUAGGGAGAUAAGGAGGGUGAAAGCAAUGAAGCAUGACUUUCCUUCCAAACCCAUGUCACUCUAUUCUACAAUAUGGGAUGCCUCAACUUGGGCCACUAAUGGUGGCAAGUACAAAGUGGAUUAUAGGUAUGCUCCUUACGUAGCCGAAUUCUCUGACCUUGUUCUCCAUGGUUGUGCUGUCGAUCCAAUUGAAAGGUCUCGAAAAUGUGACGAUAUCAAAUCGAUCUCUGGAUCAGUUCCACAUGGCAUCACCCCAUUGCAAAGGAUCAAGAUGGCAGAUUUUAGGAAGAAAUUUUUGACCUACUCAUAUUGUUACGACAAGUCUCGAUACAAGCUUCCUCCUAGUGAGUGUGUUCUCGAUUCCCAGGAGGCUGACCGCCUUAAAAGGUUCGAUCCAGUCACAUUUGGAGGAAGCCGACGUCGCCAUGGACGACAUCACCACCGCCACGGUACAACUAGAGAUGAGAAAGCUUCAAUAUAAGUGCAUUACCACUCACCAUUGCUAGCUCACAAUCUCGCCUACUAGUAGUACUACAUAUUAUUUUUGACCCAUUAAUGUUGGUAUGAUUAUGUUUAGUCUGGGGUAAUUUGUCUUUGGGGGUCUUCUAUUUUGGUUCACAUGAGUAUAGAGAAAAGGGACAAAAAAAAGAGCGCAUAAAUAUGUCGAUGGGGUAGGUAUCCAGUUUUUAUAUAACAAGUGGUUUCAUCAUAUGGGUAUGUAAAUAAUUGUUACAUCUUUGUUGGAUAUUGUUUGACCAUAUGCUCAUUGAUGGCCUUUUUUUCAUUUUUAACGUUAAAUAUUGUAAGGUCGGUCUUGUUUUGUGUUGUAUUGUCUUGUGAUUUCAAUAAAUAUUUUGCUCCUAUUAUAUGGA